CUUAAAGUUAACAGCUAUUAUCACACAUCCAGAGCAUCAUCACGUGCAAGAGAAUAAUGCAUCUUAGGAGACUCAGCAGUAUACUUUUGCGCCAAAGCGCAAAUAUUAAAAAGCUUGCCAAACCAGUAACCUCUGUGCUGUCACGUGACUUAUCUACAGAAGUGGAGAGCUGGCGCACAACACCUACUAAUAAGUCGACACUUCCCUAUGCCGUAAACAGCAAGUGUGAUCUGGUUGAUUUGCCCCCUGGUACAAACACAAAGAGUCCGGUGUGGUCAUGGAACAGCUGGGACCCGUUGGAAGAAGUUAUUGUUGGAAGAGCAGAGAAUGCUUUCUGUCCACCAUUUGAUAAAGCAGUUCAGGUUAAUUGUCAUGAAGAUACUUUUACAUUUAUGAAAGCCCAAGCCAGCAAACCUUUCCCAGAGGAAGUUGUCAAGAAAGCAGUUGCGGAAAUGGCGGAAUUUUGCCGAAUUCUUGAAGCUGAGGGUGUUACAGUAAGACGGCCUGACAUAAUAGACCAUUCAGUUCCUUAUAAAACGCCAGACUUUGAAUCUCAUGGUAUGUAUGCUUCCAUGCCCCGGGACAUCUGGAUGGUUGUUGGAGAUGAAAUAAUUGAGGCCCCGAUGGCAUGGCAGUCACGGUUCUUUGAAUACAGGGCAUAUAGAACUUUGAUGAAGGAUUACUUUAGGAAAGGUGCUAAAUGGACAUCAGCCCCUAAACCACAGAUGUCUGAAGAGCUAUAUAAUGAAGACUACCCCAUUGGUAAGCUCAAAGUCCGAUUUGAAAUGGCAAUGAAGGAACAGUUUCUGACAACAGAGUUUGAACCAGUGUUUGAUACAGCUGACUUCAUUAGGGCAGGAACCGAUAUCUUUGUCCAGAGAAGUCAAGUAACUAAUGAUUUUGGCAUUGAAUGGAUGCGGCGCCAUCUUGCACCAAAGGGUAUUAAGGUUCACAAGCUUUCAUUUGGGGAUCCCCAUGCAAUGCACAUUGACUCGUCAUUCUGUAUUCUCGGACCUGGAUUGGUCCUAAUGAACCCAGACAGACCUUGUCACCAGGUUGAGAUGGUUAAGAAGGCAGGGUGGACAAUACUAACUGCACCAAGACCAUUGAUGCCAGCAGAUCAUCCUCUAUGGCUAUCCUCAAGGUGGUUGUCUGCUAACGUUUUGAUGCUUGACCCUAAGAGAGUUGUUGUCCAGAAAACGGAAACCACGACCAUUGAUUUGUUGGAAUCAUUUGGUCUAAAGGCUAUCCCAGUAGAUAUACGUAACGCUAAUUCACUUGGCGGAGGAUUCCACUGUUGGACGUGUGAUAUCAGAAGAAGAGGAACACUGGAGUCAUAUUUCUGAUCAUGUGAACUCACACAGUGCAGACAAGCGAGGGAUCUGCCUCACAAAGUUCUCCAAAAAUACAUUUAUUUUUUCAGAUGUUAUACUUCUUAAUCAUGCACAUAAUUAUGAAACAAAUGACUUUAUAUGAUGAGAUACUGGAGAUAUAAAGAUGGAAUUUUUUGUCAUGGAUUUAAACGGAAUUUGAAAGGUAGCUUGUACAUAAAUCAAUAUGUGAAUGUGUUUCGCUUGCAUACUUUUAUACCAGUUCAAUACCCAUUUAGUUUGUUCAUUGUUUCUUGUUUAGAGGGGAAUUUUAAAGUUGUCUAGGAAAUGAUUUUUCUGGAUUUUUAGGGGUAAUGUACAGUAGAAUACAAUGAAUGAAUAAAAACAUCAAAAAUGGAAUUAUAAUAUAGAAUGUAAAAUGCUUUCCAGCACAUAUGUAGAUUUUAUCACAAUAAAUACUUUUUUAUAAAAUCA